AGCAAAUGGUCUGGACCUUCUCUUUUAAGAAGGUUAUAAACACAAGGAUAUUCGGGCCCUGCUUCUCCGGUUCCGCUCAUAUUGUAUCUGCAGCCAUGUUUGUCAAGCAUUGCUCAGCCGUCAACCAACGACAUAAAUCGCCACGUUGGCGAAUCGUUCGCUUCAUUAAGCAGCAGAUGACUUGGGGUUUCAAGUCUCGGAGCAUUUCUUCGUCCUCCGUGGUCGUGCGAUUGAAAAGAAUGACUGCAAGAAAGCACCCCAAGCAGGAGCAGCAGGAGCAGCAACAAGGCAAUACCCAGAUGUCUCUUUUGUCUCUAACGAUACCCUUUACGCUAAAUAUCAAUGGUGGCGCUUUGACAACGACAACUUUAAAAACCUACCAAAUCAACGCCACACUUGUAUGCGCUUUUGCAUUCGUGCCACUGCUCUUCUUUGCCUUCUACCAAUGCGGCAGAGUGAUCGGAUUAUUAGAAGUUGUAUUCUUUGGUGUAGACGAUAUCUUACGUACUACUUUUUCCUCUUUAACACGAAUCUUUACCCGUACUUUUUUCUCAUAACAAGUCCCUGU